AUGAGUAAACUCACUGAUUCUUGGAGAUUCUUUUUUACUCAUUUGGUAGAAUGUUUGGGAAGUGGAUCUGGAGGGCUUGAUCAAAUUAACCAGACCCAACUUAUGAUUGCAUAUUGCCUAUGGCAUGGGCUCAGGUUUGAUUUUGCCCAAAUUCUUUGGAAUGAUUUGGCUGAAAGAAUAAAGGUUCAUAAAAGAAAAUCCCAUGUUCCCUUCAUUCGUUUCCUGUCUUUGAUUUUUAAGCGUGCACUUGGAAAUGAGUAUGAUUUUGACACCAGUCAUUUUUCUAUGGCUAAGCACUUGAGGGAUCUCAAUAACUUAGUGUCCAAAAGUGAUGAAGUUGAGAUCCCAGUUGUUAUGACUGAAAGCUUUCGGAGGGAAACUACUGAUGCAUCACCUCCAGUGGAUUCAGAAGAAACCCAGGGUGGUCCUCAAUUCAAUAUAGACACUCUUAGGGAAGUAGAAAAUCAAGAAUCUGAACAACAAAAUGUGGUUAUUCCAGAUUCCUCCCAGAUAGACUUAAACAGAAUUGUAAUUGAUCAGGCUGCAGAUCAAACCACCUUCUGGGAUGGAGAUGAAUCAUCCUUGGACUUGUCUAAUUCUGGUCAAGUUCAGGAUUUAUUUGGUGAAGCUCAGUCUAUGGAGGCAGAUCUCCAGAAUCCUGUCUCAACUUCAAUCGAUCUCCCCAUUGAUAUCAUUCCUUCAGAAACUCCAACUCUUACUCUACUCCAAUCUGAACAAACUGUGAUGCCACCUCCUCCACCACCUCCAAUUUCUUCAGCCACACCAUACAUAAAUCCUCUUCCUUCUAUUUUAAUUCCUUCACCUCAAUCAACUCAAAAUCCUCCACAGUCAACUGAGAGACCUCCAGUUUUAAAUAUUCCAGUCUCAAGUGCUCCAGACUAUACUGCUGCUCAAAUCGAAUUUCCUAUACAUGACAGAGUCGAGACACUCAUAUCUGUUGUUCAAAGAAGUGAAUCUGGACCUUCUUCUAUACUAGUGGGAUUCUCUUCUUCAUCUUCCACCGAAGUCCAAGGCCUUUUACACAAAGUGGCCGACUUGGAGAAAUCCCUCCUGUCAUCCUCUCAGUUUCUCUCUGAUUUCAAAUCUGCCAUGACUAAUUCCUUUCGGUCAGAGUUGAACACCUUCUCUGGGAAUGAACAACUGGUAUUUGAUAAACUGAAUGAAUUGGUACUUGCCACUAACAAUUUCCAAGAAUCUUUCAAAGUGGUAGUCCAGGAAAUGAACGAAAGAUCCUCUAUCUCAGUUUCUAAUGUCCAAACUGCUGUUAAAGAAGCAGUUGACACCUCUCUAGGAGAACUGAAGACCCAGGUCCAGAACUUGCAUCGUGUGGUGGAUAGGUUGGAUUGUAGGCCAACACUGGAUCAGAGUUCAGUCAUCAGCAAUGUAAGUGACCAGACUGCUUUGAAACUCAAGAAUCUGGUACUCAAGCAGCUCUCUACUGAUGUGACUGACUCUGUUAUGAUCAAAUCGCAAGAAGUUAUGUUGCCAAAGGUUAUAGAUGUGACUGUUCAGGAAAUUCUUAAGGACUUGGUGACUGAGGUAAAAAAAUCUGAAAACACAAGUCUAGGAACUCAAGAAGGAUAUGUCAGCAAUGAAGCCAGUCGCUGGUCGUACUUUUGGCUCCACUGA